AUGGAGAGCGGCGGGGCGCUGAACGGCUCCGCCGCCGCCGGGCGCUUCGCGGCCGCGGGCACGGCAGCGCUGGGCGCGCUGAUGGCCCUGCUCAUCGCCGUCACCGUGGCUGGCAACGCGCUGGUCAUGCUGGCCUUCGUGGCGGACUCCAGCCUGCGCACCCAGAACAACUUCUUCCUCCUCAACCUGGCCAUCUCGGAUUUCCUCGUAGGUGCCUUCUGCAUCCCCCUCUACGUGCCCUAUGUGCUGACGGGGAGAUGGAUCUUCGGGAGAAGCCUCUGCAAACUCUGGCUGGUGGUUGAUUACUUGCUGUGCACCUCUUCGGUUUUCAACAUCGUACUAAUUAGCUACGACAGAUUCCUCUCGGUGACAAGAGCGGUGGCCUACAGAGCCCAGCAAGGCAACACCAGGCAAGCAGUGCUGAAGAUGGUGAUGGUGUGGGUGUUGGCAUUCCUGCUCUACGGACCUGCCAUUAUCAGCUGGGAGUACAUAUCAGGCCAGAGCAUCAUCCCCACUGGGGAAUGCUAUGCUGAGUUCUUCUACAACUGGUAUUUCCUCAUGACAGCCUCCACGCUGGAGUUUUUCACCCCUUUCAUCAGCGUGAUGUUUUUCAACCUGAGCAUUUACCUGAACAUCCAGAAGCGCACCAAAAUGCGCCUGGAUGUUUUCCACGAAGUGCACAACCAGUCCUUCAGUGAAGAGACAGAAAGGAGCCCAGAAGCAAAGCUUUCUUUGAAAUGCUGUAAGUGGGAGCAGAAGGAGUCAGCUGAAGCCCUCGACCUCUCUAAGAGCAAAGCUCAAGCAGCAGCCUCCCCUUCCAGCCUGGAUGCCAAAGACCUGCUGGAAACGAGCUCGGAGAGCUCCAAGAAACCCAAAUGUUGCGACAAAAAGAGCUGCAGAACUUCAGCCUCCACUCUGUCCUCAGAGAAACGGGUGAAGAUCGUGUCCCAGAGCACAACUCAGCACUUCAGGCUCUGCAGAGACAAGAAAGUGGCCAAAUCACUGGCAAUCAUAGUGGGCAUUUUUGGGAUUUGCUGGGCUCCGUACACUCUCCUGAUGAUCAUCCGUGCUGGCUGCCACGGCCAGUGCAUCUCUGAGUUCUGGUAUGAGACUUCUUUUUGGCUGCUGUGGAUCAACUCGGCUGUCAACCCUGUCCUAUACCCUCUCUGCCACUCCAGCUUCAGAAGGGCUUUUAUUAAACUCCUUUGCCCCAAGAAGCUGAAGGUCCAGCCUCACUAUGCCCUUCAGAACUACUGA